CGCCACCCGAGCGGCGCACAGCGCAGCGUCGCGGAGGGAGGUCGCGACGGCUACUGACCACCGCAGCCGGUAGGCGACAGAGAAACCCAGCGGCCCCGAGUGGGCGGAAGUAGCUCCGCCCCUUCACCUCGAGGGGCGGACCUUCCGCCCCCGGCGGAGGCGCAAUGCGGAAGAGAUGGGUCUUUUGGAGCGGAAGUGACGCUUCUGGUGGCUUUGGCGGCGGCGGCAGCGGCAGCGGGAGGAGGAGGAGGAGGAGCCGCAGGAAGAGGGCCGCUUCUGAAGAAAGGAGAAUGGCGUUCAGCAAAGGAUUUCGGAUCUACCACAAACUGGACCCGCCACCUUUCAGCCUCAUAGUGGAAACCAGGCAUAAGGAGGAAUGUCUCAUGUUCGAGUCUGGGGCUGUGGCUGUGCUCUCAUCUGCAGAAAAAGAGGCAAUUAAAAGUACAUUUACCAAAGUACUAGACGCAUAUGGACUCCUGGGUGUUUUACGGUUGAAUCUUGGUGAUACCAUGUUACAUUAUUUGGUCCUUGUCACUGGAUGUAUGUCUGUUGGAAAAAUUCAAGAAUCUGAAGUUUUCCGAGUUACUUCCACUGAAUUUAUAUCACUCCGAGUUGAUGCUUCAGAUGAGGAUCGUAUUUCAGAAGUACGAAAAGUUUUGAACUCAGGAAACUUUUAUUUUGCAUGGUCUGCAUCUGGAGUCAGUUUAGAUCUGAGUCUUAAUGCACAUCGCAGCAUGCAAGAACACACAACUGACAAUAGAUUUUUCUGGAAUCAGUCUUUGCAUUUACAUCUCAAGCACUAUGGUGUGAAUUGUGAUGACUGGCUAUUACGUCUUAUGUGUGGAGGAGUAGAAAUCAGAACAAUUUAUGCUGCUCAUAAACAGGCAAAGGCUUGCCUCAUUUCAAGAUUAAGCUGUGAACGAGCUGGGACUAGGUUUAAUGUCCGGGGAACAAAUGAUGAUGGUCACGUUGCCAACUUUGUAGAAACAGAACAGGUUGUAUACUUAGAUGACUGCAUCUCUUCCUUCAUACAGAUCCGAGGAUCUGUGCCAUUGUUCUGGGAGCAGCCAGGGUUGCAAGUGGGGUCGCAUCGUGUUCGUAUGUCAAGGGGAUUUGAAGCCAAUGCACCUGCUUUUGACAGGCAUUUUCGAACACUUAAAGAUUUAUAUGGUAAACAAAUAAUAGUGAACUUGCUUGGAUCUAAAGAAGGUGAACAUAUGCUAAGUAAGGCUUUCCAGAGUCAUUUGAAAGCUUCAGAACAUGCUUCUGAUAUCCACAUGGUGAAUUUUGACUAUCAUCAAAUGGUUAAAGGAGGAAAGGCAGAAAAGUUACAUAGUGUUCUUAAGCCUCAAGUCCAGAGGUUUCUAGAUUAUGGAUUUUUUUAUUUCAAUGGAAACGAAGUUCAAAGAUGCCAGAGUGGUACAGUUCGAACAAACUGCUUGGAUUGUCUUGAUAGAACAAACAGUGUGCAGGCAUUCCUUGGCUUAGAGUUGCUAGCUAAACAAUUGGAAGCUCUUGGCUUAGCUGAAAAGCCUCAGUUGGUGACACGCUUUCAAGAAGUUUUCCGGUCCAUGUGGUCUGUGAAUGGUGAUUCAAUCAGUAAGAUAUAUGCAGGAACUGGAGCUCUUGAAGGAAAGGCCAAGUUAAAAGAUGGUGCUCGUUCUGUCACCAGAACGAUUCAGAAUAACUUCUUUGACAGCUCCAAGCAAGAAGCCAUUGAUGUUCUGCUCCUGGGAAAUACUCUUAAUAGUGAUUUAGCUGACAAAGCUCGAGCACUUUUAACUACUGGAAGUUUGCGUGUUUCUGAACAGACAUUACAGUCAGCAUCUUCAAAAGUACUAAAGAACAUGUGUGAGAACUUUUACAAAUAUUCAAAACCCAAGAAAAUUAGAGUGUGUGUUGGAACCUGGAAUGUGAAUGGUGGGAAGCAGUUCCGUAGCAUAGCCUUUAAGAACCAAACACUCACUGACUGGCUGCUCGACGCACCCAAGUUAGCUGGCAUCCAGGAGUUCCAAGAUAAAAGAAGUAAGCCAACUGACAUAUUCGCAAUUGGUUUUGAAGAAAUGGUAGAGUUGAAUGCUGGGAACAUUGUGAAUGCAAGCACAACAAAUCAAAAGCUGUGGGCAGUGGAGCUUCAGAAGACAAUCUCCAGAGACAACAAGUAUGUGCUGCUGGCCUCUGAGCAGUUGGUGGGCGUCUGCCUGUUUGUUUUUAUCAGACCACAGCAUGCUCCUUUUAUCAGGGAUGUUGCAGUUGAUACUGUGAAGACUGGGAUGGGAGGUGCAACUGGAAAUAAGGGAGCAGUUGCAAUUCGAAUGCUCUUCCAUACCACCAGCCUUUGCUUCGUCUGUAGCCACUUUGCUGCAGGGCAGUCACAGGUCAAAGAGAGAAAUGAAGAUUUUGUAGAAAUAGCACGAAAGUUGAGUUUUCCCAUGGGAAGGAUGCUGUUUUCCCAUGACUAUGUAUUUUGGUGUGGUGAUUUCAACUAUCGAAUUGAUCUCCCUAAUGAAGAAGUUAAAGAGCUCAUAAGGCAGCAAAAUUGGGAUUCUCUUAUAGCAGGAGAUCAACUUAUCAAUCAGAAAAAUGCUGGACAGAUUUUUAGAGGAUUUUUAGAGGGAAAAGUAACAUUUGCUCCAACCUAUAAAUAUGACUUGUUUUCUGAUGACUAUGACACCAGCGAGAAGUGCCGCACCCCUGCGUGGACAGACCGAGUCCUCUGGAGGAGGAGGAAGUGGCCUUUUGAUAGAUCAGCUGAAGAUUUGGAUCUUCUCAAUGCUAGUUUUCAAGAUGAAAGCAAAAUCCUCUACACCUGGACUCCUGGCACUCUGCUGCACUAUGGAAGAGCUGAGCUGAAGACUUCUGACCACAGGCCUGUUGUUGCCCUGAUUGAUAUAGACAUAUUUGAAGUUGAAGCUGAAGAGAGACAGAACAUUUAUAAAGAAGUAAUUGCAGUCCAGGGUCCACCAGAUGGCACAGUAUUGGUCUCAAUCAAAAGUUCUGCACAAGAAAAUAAUUUUUUUGAUGAUGCUUUGAUUGAUGAGCUUCUGCAGCAGUUUGCGCAUUUUGGUGAAGUCAUACUCAUAAGAUUCGUAGAAGAUAAAAUGUGGGUUACGUUUUUGGAGGGAAGCUCUGCCUUGAAUGCUCUGAGCCUAAAUGGUAAAGAGUUACUAAAUCGGACUAUAACUAUUACUUUAAAAAGUCCAGACUGGAUUAAAAAUUUGGAAGAAGAAAUGAGUUUAGAGAAAAUUAAUGUUACACUGCCUUCAUCAACAAGCUCUACCCUGCUUGGUGAAGAUGCAGAGGUUGCAGCAGAUUUCGACAUGGAAGGUGAUGUUGAUGACUAUAAUGCUGAAGUAGAGGAGCUUCUUCCUCAGCAUCUGCAGCCAUCCUCUAGUUCUGGCCUUGGCACUUCUCCAAGCUCUUCACCCCGGACUAGUCCCUGCCAAUCACCUACAGUACCAGAGGGUCCUGUACCUUCUCUUCCCAUCAGACCCAGCCGAGCACCAUCAAGAACUCCAGGGCCUCCAAGUUCACAGGGUUCUCCUGUUGACACUCAGCCAGCAACUCAGAAAGAUUCUUCCCAGACCUUAGAGCCCAAGAGGCCACCCCCUCCCCGCCCAGUUGCUCCUCCUGCACGUCCUGCUCCACCACAGAGACCACCUCCACCUUCAGGGGCUAGGAGUCCUGCACCUGCUAGAAAAGAACUUGGAGGUAUUGGAGCCCCUCCCAGUCCUGGGGUAGCUAGGAAGGAGAUGGAAGCACCCAAAAGCCCUGGAACAACACGGAAAGAUAAUCUAGGACGCAAUCAGCCUUCUCCUCAGGCAGGACCUGCAGCCCCAGGACCUGCUGGAUAUGCAGUCAGACCGACAAUUCCACCUCGUGCUGGAGUGAUCAGUGCCCCACAGAGCCAGGCCCGAGCAUCUGCUGGAAGGCUGACUCCUGAAAGCCAAAGCAAAGCCCCAGAGGCAUCGAAAGGUUCAGCUGUUCUUCCAGAACCACUGAAGCCUCAGGCUGCCUUUCCUCUGCAGCCUUCACUGCCUUCACCUGCUCAAAAGUUGCAGGAGCCCCUUGUCCCCAUGGCAGCACCUAUGCCUCAAUCCAGCCCCCAGCCAAAUUUGGAAACCCCACCACAGCCCCCACCUCGGAGCAAGUCAUCUCAUAGCUUGCCUUCAGAAUCUUCGUCACAGCUGCAGCUAAAGACAAAUGGAGUCUCUGGUGUCAAACAAGAACCACCAUUCAAGAGUGACCCGUUUGAAGACCUCUCGUUCAGUCAGCUCACUGUAUCGAAAGCUCAGCUCUCUGUUCAGACGCCACCUGUUCCAACCCUAGACCCAAGGAGGCUGAUUCAGUUGCCUUCCUCAACACAAAGUAAUGCUAAUGCUUUGAGUUCUGUAAGUUGCAUGCCAACCAUACCUCCAAUUCCAGCCCGAAGCAAGUCACAGGAAAGUAUGAGGAGUUCUCCAAAUCCAUUUCUUUCUAGCGUGGCCAGCACAAAUCCUUUUACAGACAGGACUGCUGCUCCUGGAAACCCGUUUAGAGCCCAGUCUCAAGAAUCAGAGGCAACUGCUUGGUUCUCCAAAGAUGAGCCUGUUAUUAACAGUCCUUUCCCUCCUCUCAUGCCUCUUGGUCACAACACAAGCAAACCUUCACAUUCACUCGAUGGUUUUGAGGAUAAUUUUGAUCUGCAGGGCCAGUCUACAGUAAAAACAAGCAACCCAAAAGGAUGGGUAACCUUUGAGGAAGAUGACUUUUCUGUCAAAGGAAAGUCAAAAUUAGUACAUGCAGACUUCCAGGGUAAUCUGCCAGCUUCAUUUGAUGAUGCCUGGAGUAAAGGUACAAAUGUUUCUUUCUGCGUGUUGCCGUCCAGACGACCGCCUCCACCUCCUGUCCCUGUGCCUCCAGCCAGCACUAGCUCAUCGCCAGCAGAUCCUUGCACGACCUUGAGCUCUAAGGCAUCUCCCACACUAGACUUUACAGAAAGAUAAUGUUAUAUGAUAGAAAAGAAAUUUUUGUUGUUUUGGUUUAGUUGCUUUCAUUUUUGGCAGGGUAGAACCAAACAAAUUGGGCAUUAGUUAUUCAUUAUGUGCAAUAAGCAAUUGUUAAGUGCACUGAUAUCUUCAUAAAAUACCACUAUAGGAUGUGUAAUGUAUACAAAGUUGGAGUAUGUGUAUAUUGGGAAUAAGGAAAAAGUCUUUCUCAUUAACUGGAGUUUUGGUGUCUUUCUCUUCAGACGAAUAGGAGACCGCUGUAGCUACUUUUAAAAGUGCUUACAACUACUUUAGAAAAUAGUCCUUACUCAGAAACUCCUUGUCAGUCUGAAAAAAAAUCACAAAAAGCCCACACAUCUUGUAGCUGACAUUAUUGCCUGCCCUUUUAUUCUGCUGACAAUUGGUAUUCAUGGAUAUUUACCAAAGAGCUACUAAAGUUAUGGUGAAACAGUUUUGAAAGGCAUUACUUUAACAGAAAGGUAUAUGUGUAUAUUUAUACACACAAAUAUGCAUGUAUACAUCUACAUAUUUAUAAAACUUAGGUCUUAGGAUAUAAUUCAGAUCAAAUUUUACUUAAAAGUUCUGACAGUGUCUCUCCUUCAGUAUCAUUACCAAAAAGAUAGCUUCCAGGUAUGCUUUGGAUGUUUUCAAAGUAGAAUAAUCUCUACAAAGCCAUCAUUCCUACUAUUCCAAACCGAAGCCCUUCAGAUUCACCCCAGUUACCUUCUGCUCCAAUACCUCUCCGUGCAUUUCUCUAGGAGGUUACAGUUGGCAGUACUUUGUGGUCAGUCAUGUGGACAGAUACUCUAGCCUUCUUGUAACAGUACUAUGGCCUUAUAUGUAGGGAAAGCACAUAUCCCGAGUUCAGUGAGAACUGUUAGAGCUAAACAUACGCUCUUCUCUCUGUGCAUUAAGACUUAAGUUGUCCUUUUCCCUCCCACACUUUUCUAUUUGCUGCUUUUGCCCUGGCAUUUUGCUUUUAGCCAGGAAAGCAGGUGUCAAGUGUUUGGAAUUGGGAACAUACCCAGUGUGUGUUCUCACCCAUGAAAGAGGCUAUGUAACACAUCUGUGAUGCUGCUUUGAGUUUUUAGAGGCUAUACCUCAAAUUAGCUGUGGAUUUUUGUCCUGCACUGCCAGUACGCAACCGAUCUUUUAUUAAUUUUGUGAAGUACACAGAACUUACAAAAUGUAGUAUUUUCGUAUCAUUAAGUAAACCAGUCAGGAAACUCCUUGAGCCAUUGUUUUGUUGUCAGUUGAAGUUGAAAUCAUACCCAUUAAGACUUAAUUAAUAUUAAGAUGUGUAUUGGGAGAACAUAAGAAAGACUUGAUGGCUAAGAUCAUCUAAAGUGUAAAAGCACAGCAGACUGCAUUGCACCUCCAACAUAAGGCAAAUCUGUUAGGAUAGAGCAUUUUUUAAAUGCUCAAAUGGUAUCAAAAUACUAUAUUUAUAGAACUAAUACUCUAUUAAAUAAACAGCCAGGAUUUGCUGUUAGAAAUAACUCUUGUGAGUUUUAUAUUGUGCUUUUUGGGUUUCUAAUCAUUUCAGCAGUAGUAUCUUUUAAACAGCAGUAUUACCUAUAGGCAGUGUGCUUCAAAAUGUGAACUAACUUGUUGAAAUUGUGCUUUAACAUCUAUGUGAUUAGUGUAUAUUUGCUCUCCAUUAGCAAAACAAUUCAUUGUUAGGUAAACUUAAAUAGUGCAAAUUGCAGUUCUGUGAGCAUUAUUCCCUACUGGAUAUAAACUAUGGUCUAAAAUACAUAGCAGCAGCAGCUCAGCCUGUCAAGAAAAUAUUUGGCAAGUUGCUGAAAAUGUACUAGCCAUUAUUCUGUGUGUUAAACAUUUACUAGUUCUGUUCAAAGCAGAGCAGAAAUUAGACACUAAGACUUUGUGAAUUUUUGUUCUUAUAGCAGAUUGCUGUUUAUAUGUACGUAAGAAUUUUAUUGCUUAUGUGGCAUACAAUAUUUAUAACUAUAUACUUUAUAGAAGUACAGUAUUAAAGUCAGUGGUAUAUAUUCUGCACAUACCCUGUGAAAUGUGCUGUCAUAUGAAAUAAAUAUAUGUCUUUACCAUAAUGACUCCUUAUAAAAGGGAAGAUUUUCUUUGUACUGUAUGAAUUUCAUGACAUUUGGAGAAAAUAAAUUAGCUCUUUCCAUGGGGUGGGGGUUGGUGCACAUGUAUCGGGGCGUGAAUGCAUAGAGGGGCAGAAAUAAACCUCAGGAAUUGUUCCCCAGGUGCCAUCUACCUUGAUUUUUGAGACAGAAUCUGCCCCACUCUCUGAUCUGGAACUGGCCAGGAAGCCCAUGAUCUACCCAUCUCUACCGCCCCAGGGUUGUAGUGCCUGGCUUGCUUUAAAAAAAAAAAAAAAA